CAGCGGUAGUGAGCGGAUCUCGAGCGAGGCCGCGCGCGAGUGCGUGAACGCGCGGAUAUGACGAGCGGAUACGCCCGGCGGCUCACGUGAUACGCAACGAAAUCCGCUGUUGUGCUCCGCCGUCGAGGAAGAGAUAUGUGGUCACGGAGGGAGCUUCGUAGCAGCCCAGUGCCGUAGCAUGCCGGCGAGCUGCAGUGCGUGGUGGGGCGCCUCUGAGACACCGCGUCGAUCGGCGUCGAUCGCCGCCUCCAUCUGCUUGGCCGGGCAGCAGCAAUCGCUGGUGCAUUGCCGCAGGAGAAGAAGAAGAAGACGUGAUCGUAGCACGGGAAGCACGGAGCUCGACACCAGCGACCGAUGAGCGCGGGGGGGGAUGGGGGCUCGGCGUUGGGCCCACCUGCCCGGCUGCCGGGGGCCCAGCCGACUGCCGCGACCCCCUCCACCGCGACCCCCCCCAUUGUCGGCCAGCAAUCAAUCGUCGGUGGUGUCGGUGGCGUACCGGAUGCCGCACAUUUGGCGAAUGCGCAUCAUCAAUCGCCACCGCCGCCCCCGCAGUCGCAGACGGGCCUCGCCGGGGCUGCCGGCGCUGCCUCCAAGUCGGCCCAGAAGAGGCCCGUCAGACGGGGUGGUAAGCCGCCGCCCGACAGGCCCGUCCGGGCGCUCUUCUGUCUCGCCCUCACGAACCCUCUUAGGAAGAUGUGCAUCAGCGUCGUGGAAUGGAAACCUUUCGAAUGGCUCAUCCUUAUGACGAUAUUUGCGAACUGCGUCGCUUUGGCCGUCUACACGCCGUAUCCUUUUGGCGAUUCCAACCUGACCAAUCAGUACUUGGAAAAGAUAGAGUACAUUUUUCUUGUGAUUUUUACGGUGGAGUGCGUGAUGAAGAUCAUAGCUUAUGGCUUUGUCGCCCAUCCGGGAGCUUAUCUCCGCAACGGUUGGAAUUUGCUGGAUUUCACGAUAGUCGUAAUUGGGAUGAUAAGCACGGUGCUAAUGAUGCUCAUGAAGGAGGGUUUCGACAUCAAGGCCUUAAGGGCGUUCCGUGUUCUGCGUCCUCUCAGGCUGGUUUCCGGUGUUCCAAGUCUUCAGGUGGUCCUAAACUCUAUUUUGAGGGCGAUGGUACCACUUUUGCACAUUGCUUUAUUAGUUCUCUUCGUCAUCAUCAUUUACGCCAUCAUCGGCCUCGAGCUGUUCUCUGGGAAGAUGCACAAAACAUGCAGGAACAACCUAACUAACGAGAUAAUGGACAAUCCGGUACCUUGCGGCGAGAUGGGCUACCAAUGCUCUGUCCUCGGAGCCGACUAUCAUUGCAGCAAACAAUUCUGGGAGGGUCCCAACUACGGUAUCACGAAUUUCGACAAUUUUGGACUGGCCAUGCUUACCGUCUUCCAAUGCGUCACUCUCGAAGGAUGGACGGACGUGCUUUAUAAUAUCGAGGAUGCAAUGGGAAGCUCGUGGCAAUGGAUUUAUUUCAUCUCGAUGGUCAUCCUAGGAGCUUUCUUCGUGAUGAAUCUAAUUCUCGGUGUGUUAUCCGGUGAAUUCUCCAAGGAGAGAGAGAAGGCAAAGGCGCGUGGUGACUUUCAUAAGCUCAGGGAGAAACAGCAGAUAGAGGACGAUCUCAGGGGUUAUCUCGACUGGAUAACGCAGGCCGAGGACAUCGAGCCGGAGACUGAUGAACCGAAGCAAGACGGAAAAACGAAGCUGCAAAACGAAAUAGAGAGCACGGAUCAAUUGGAGGGUGAUGAAGAAGGUAUCCAACAAGAGUCCGCUUGGAAAAAGAAGAAACGAGACUUAGAGAGAGUGAACAGGCGGAUGCGAAGAGCUUGCCGAAAGGCAGUGAAGUCCCAGGUCUUCUAUUGGCUCAUCAUAGUUCUGGUUUUCUUGAAUACUGGCGUUCUCGCCACAGAGCAUUACAAUCAGCCGCAUUGGUUGGACAAUUUUCAAGAAUACACGAACAUGUUCUUCAUCGUACUCUUCUCCAUGGAGAUGAUGUUGAAGAUGUACAGUUUAGGUUUUCAGGGUUAUUUCGUCUCGUUGUUCAAUCGUUUCGACUGUUUCGUCGUGAUCGGCUCGAUCACCGAAAUGAUACUUACACGUACACAGGUCAUGCCACCUCUUGGCAUUUCCGUGCUUCGUUGCGUCCGAUUGCUCAGGGUAUUCAAAGUAACAAAAUAUUGGAGAUCACUAUCGAAUUUAGUCGCCUCUCUACUGAACUCGAUACAAUCGAUCGCCUCGCUGCUGCUCCUGCUUUUUCUUUUCAUCGUCAUCUUCGCUCUUCUGGGCAUGCAGGUCUUUGGUGGAAAAUUCAAUUUCAACGAUAAUGAGGAAAAGACGCGUCACAAUUUUGACAGCUUCUGGCAGAGUUUGCUCACCGUAUUUCAGAUAUUAACCGGCGAGGACUGGAAUGCUGUGAUGUACGUCGGUAUUCAAGCUUAUGGCGGCGUCGCCAGUUUCGGCGUGCUCGCCUGCGUUUACUUCAUUAUCCUCUUCAUAUGCGGCAACUAUAUCCUCUUGAACGUCUUCUUGGCUAUCGCCGUCGACAAUCUCGCUGAUGCCGAGUCUCUAACUGCCAUCGAGAAGGAGGCUGAGGAGGAGGCGGAGAAAAAUAAAUCUCGCAGCGGUUCACCGACAAGGGACGAAGUCAGCGGUGAGGCCGGCGAUGAUGGUGGCGAGGGGACCGGUGGGGAGGACGAGGGCGCUGGUACAGAUCUCGAACAGGAUCCUAACGAGACAAUGGAGGACUACGAAGCCGCACUCGAUACCGAAACAUCGGAGAAAAGCGAGGAAAUGAAUACGCACAAAGUGCGACUCAACAUUGAGUCCGACGAAGAAGUGGAAGAAGAAGAAGAAGAAGAGGAAGGUGAACAAGAGGAAAUGCAAGAUGACGGACAAGAGGUAUCGGCGAGGCCGCGAAGAAUGUCCGAGUACAACAUGGCGACCAAAAAGGAACCGAUACCGGCUGGUUCGGCUUUCUUCAUUUUUUCAAGCACCAAUAGAUUUCGCAUCUUCUGCCAUUGGUUCUGCAAUCACAGUUACUUCAGCAAUGUGAUAUUGAUCUGCAUUAUGAUUUCCUCCGCCAUGUUGGCCGCCGAGGAUCCGCUGAGAGCCUCGUCGGACAGGAAUCAGAUAUUGAAUUACUUUGAUUACUUUUUUACUACUGUCUUCACGAUCGAAAUCUGUCUCAAAAUGGUCUCAUACGGCUUCAUCAUCCACGAGGGCGCGUUUUGCCGGUCGGCUUUUAAUCUGCUCGAUCUCCUCGUCGUUUGCGCCUCUCUAGUUUCCAUGACUGUCAGCUCUGGCGCGUUCUCCUUCAUCAAGGUGCUCCGUGUACUUCGUGUCUUGAGGCCGCUGCGUGCCAUCAAUCGCGCCAAGGGAUUAAAGCACGUAGUACAGUGCGUCAUCGUAGCGGUAAAGACUAUCGGAAACAUAGUCCUCGUCACCAGCCUCCUGCAGUUCGUGUUCGCCGUCAUUGGCGUACAGCUCUUCAAGGGCAAAUUUUUCUAUUGCACCGAUGCAUCGAAAAUGACGCAGAACGAGUGCCAGGGUACUUAUUUGGAAUUCGAGGACGGUAAUAUGAACAGACCGAUCGUGAAACAGAGAGAGUGGCUUCAGCAGCGUUUUCACUUUGACGAUGUGGCCAAGGCGAUGCUAACCCUCUUCACGGUCUCGACUUUUGAAGGUUGGCCAUCAUUGUUAGAAUGGUCGAUCGACUCCAACAGAGAGAAUUAUGGACCAAUUCAUAACUUCCGGCCGAUAGUGGCCGCCUAUUACAUCAUCUAUAUCAUCAUCAUCGCGUUCUUUAUGGUGAACAUCUUCGUCGGUUUCGUUAUUGUCACCUUUCAAAACGAGGGCGAGCAAGAGUACAAAAAUUGCGAGCUCGAUAAAAAUCAAAGAAAUUGCAUCGAGUUCGCGCUAAAGGCCAAGCCUGUUCGUCGUUACAUACCAAAGCAUCGAAUACAGUACAAAGUCUGGUGGUUCGUCACCUCCCAACCGUUCGAGUACACGAUAUUCAUCCUAAUUAUGAUCAACACCGUGACGCUCGCGAUGAAGUUCUAUCAGCAACCGGAAAUCUAUACAAAGGCUCUGGACGUUCUCAAUAUGAUUUUCACCGCAGUGUUCGCCCUUGAAUUUGUGUUCAAGCUGGCUGCAUUUCGAUUCAAGAAUUACUUCGGCGACGCGUGGAACGUCUUUGAUUUUAUUAUCGUGCUCGGAAGUUUCAUCGACAUCGUUUACUCGGAAGUUAACCCUGGAUCCUCUAUCAUUUCCAUCAAUUUCUUCAGGCUGUUUCGCGUAAUGCGAUUGGUCAAGCUAUUAAGCAGGGGGGAGGGCAUCCGAACGCUUUUAUGGACUUUCAUCAAGUCCUUCCAAGCUUUGCCCUAUGUCGCUCUUCUCAUUAUAAUGCUCUUUUUUAUUUACGCUGUGAUAGGCAUGCAGGUCUUCGGAAAGAUUAAGAUAGACGAUGAUACGUCGAUAAAUCGCAAUAAUAACUUCCAAUCUUUUCCGCAAGCCGUAUUGGUCUUGUUUCGAUCAGCGACCGGCGAAGCCUGGCAAGAGAUCAUGAUGGCUUGCUCGUCGCAGCCGGAUAAAGUUAAAUGCGAUCCCAACAGUGACGAGCCCGCUGAUAAAAAGGAAGGCUGCGGAUCGGACAUUGCAUUUCCCUACUUCAUAUCUUUCUACGUUCUCUGCUCAUUUCUCAUCAUCAACCUCUUCGUUGCCGUUAUUAUGGACAAUUUUGACUACUUGACGAGAGAUUGGUCGAUCCUCGGACCGCAUCAUUUGGACGAAUUUAUUCGCCUGUGGUCCGAGUACGAUCCCGACGCCAAGGGACGUAUUAAACAUCUCGACGUAGUGACGCUGCUGAGAAAAAUAUCGCCACCCUUAGGUUUCGGGAAGCUGUGCCCCCAUAGGGUAGCUUGUAAGAGACUCGUCUCGAUGAAUAUGCCAUUGAACAGCGACGGCACCGUGUUGUUUAACGCGACGCUGUUCGCCGUCGUGAGAACCUCGUUGAGGAUCAAGACGGAGGGCAACAUCGACGACGCGAACGCCGAACUCAGGGCGGUGAUCAAGAAGAUUUGGAAGAGGACGAGUCCGAAACUUUUGGAUCAGGUUGUUCCGCCGCCCGGAGUGGACGAUGAAGUGACGGUCGGCAAGUUUUACGCGACUUUCCUCAUCCAGGACUAUUUCCGCCGAUUCAAGAAACGCAAAGAACAAGAAAUGAAAGAUGGAGACAGAGACUGUCAUAACACUGUGACGCUUCAAGCCGGAUUGAGAACGUUACAUGAAGCUGGUCCCGAACUAAAACGCGCAAUUUCCGGUAAUUUAGAGGAACUUCUCGAUGACAAUCCAGAACCUAUGCACAGGAGAAACCACUCACUCUUUGGCAGCGUAUGGUCCAGCAUGCGAAAAGGACAUCACAGCUUCCACAGGGCAAGAUCGCUAAAGGUUAACUCUACUGCUGCGAAAGCUUCCCCGACCAAUUCUAUAGACUUUUUACCAUACGCUUCGUUACGGAGAGUCGCUAUCCCGGAUGCCGCUAAGAAAUUUACUCGUCAAGUUGUGCCAAAUGUAGCAGGGGGUCUGAGCGACGGUGCGAUGAAUCAGAUGGGAACGAAUAUGUUAAUGGGCGAAGAGAGCAUACCCUUGAGACCACUCGCUGCUUUCGGCAAUCCGAUACAACAGACGCCUUAUCAAACCGCAUAUAAGGUGGUCGAUCUCCAGGAUGGAAUCGAGCGGCAGUUGACGCCACCCACACCUCCGCCACGACGGAACGCACCACCCUCGUCCAUCGGCACCCCGAGCAUCGGCAUAACGCAUACCUCCGCUGCUGCAGCAGCGGCGGCAGCGGUUGCAGCAGCAGCUUCAGCAACCGCAGCGGAAGGCACGGCGAGUGGAUCGAGUGUCGCGACGACGACGAUCACCGCGUCGUGCACCGCGAGCGCAAACACCUCGACCACCGCGACGAGCUCAAGCCCCGCUUCCUCGUCAAAUGGGACAAACUGUUAUUAUACUUAUGCGUCGCGGGGCUGCUGCGUCGAUUGCGCAGUCUGGAGUAAUCACGCUGUAGAUGAUUGUGACGACGAGGACACGUCAACGGGAAGCGAAUCGAGUGAUUCCGGCAGGUGGAACCCGCAUUCGGAGGGCGGCGUCGUGCGAGGCACGACAGGAAAACCCCACGUCACCGUGCUGGGUCGCCGGUCGACAAAGCGCCGGUCCAGGGUUCGUCGUGAUGCCGCGACUGCCGGUGGCAAGUCGGCCCCGGCGAGUUUCCGGUCGCGAGACGCAACCGCUGCCGCCGCCGUCGUCGCCGGCGCCGCGACGACGGCGUCGACGACGACGGGAUCCGCGACCGGUACUGCCACGUCGGGCCCCGGCACGCGCACCAUCGCCAACGGCCUGAAAAUGGCGCAGAACCAGGCCAUCGCCGUGGCCGGCUUCCUCGCCGACGUGGACUCGCGACAAUGGCGUGUCUGCGCUUCCUGCUUGUCGCACCGAGCGUCUUACCACGGCAGAGUUUCCUGGGCCGCAGAGAGUAACGGAAGCGUCGGCGCAGAGCGCCUGUCCCACAGCAUGCCCGGCAGUCCCGCGGACCGGAAGCCCAACUUUGAGGUCAUCGGAAGCGCGGAAAGCCUCGUCGGUCGGGUUCUAGUGGAGCAAGGUCUAGGCAAGUAUUGCGAUCCGGACUUCGUGCGGUACACAUCGCGCGAGAUGCAGGAGGCACUGGACAUGACACGCGAAGAGAUGGAUCGGGCGGCGCAUCAGCUGUUAUUACAGGAACGCCGCGGCCAGCCCUUGUCUUAUCAGUUGCAACAGAACGUGACGGAACAACAGCCGUGGAGUAGUAGCCAACAACAGGAGCAACAGCAACCGCACCAGAUCACCGGUAUCGGUUACCAGCCGCUGCAGGAGCAGCCGCCGAGCCAGCCCGUCUAUCAUCAGCUACAACCCUCCAACAACCGUCAUCGCGGCAGCAAUCGGAAGCAACAGCAACAACAGCGACAACCGCCGUCCUAGCAGGACGAGAACUUGCUCGCCGCGACACAAACGUCGUCUACGUAACCCAAAAAUUCCUACUCUCUACGAACGGGAGUAGUCGUCGAAGAAGCAAAAUCGUCGAUUACGAUGAAGUAACGUCGAAGCCACCAGCGGAAUCAUAUGAAUCGAAAUCGCGCAAGUUGGAUGGAUUUAAAUCGCGCGCCAUUUGACAUAAUUGUUUUUGUCCCGAAGAGGACACUUUGAACUGUUCUGAAUAUUUAUAGCUAUAUUUAGGUGCGGAUCGAGAGAUGCUACUCGAGGAACAAAAAGUUGGCUUACAAUUAGUCUAAAGGGAAAAGAAGGGGAGGGCAGGAAAGCAGGGAAAAGACGUAGCAGCUCGAAACGUUCACAAGAUGUUCAUCCUGCGAUACACUCGGGCACCAAUGAACCAUGUAUUUUCUAGCUGAGCGUGAGUGUUUUAUCUGACACAUUUUGAGUCGCCUUGAUUCCUAACUUGGCUCGAUAUUUCUAUCGAGAUUUGUGCGAGUUUCGAUCGAGCGGAUCAAGUCACGCUCGAUCGCGCGUUUUUAGGCGCGCACAGAAUUAUAUAAUAAAUUCUUAAAAUAUAUAUUUUCGCCGCGACAGAUCAAGACGAUCGAGACGAAUCGUUGCGGCACGGAGCUUCGUCCUUUCGACGUCGAACGGUCGCGAGACUAAAGUUGACGAAGCAUCUCGGGAGGACCCGGGCUCCCUCGAUGGAAUUGAGUUUACUUCUAGGAACAGUCCUUUAGAGAUUUAGCCCAUUUAACGUUGAUCUCCGUUUUUGGUUCGAUUUGUCCUGACCAAGGACGACACGACGAAUGCCGCGCGCGUGUACUCAACAUUGAAAAAAUAGACGAAUUAAAAUAAAAUAUAAAAAUUUUUAUUUUGUAAAACUGUAACAAUUUUAUUUUCGACUUUAAUAAUUAGCUUGAAAAUUGACUUUAAUUUUUAUAAAGAAGAGCAAAUUGCAAGCAGUUGAUUGCAAAAUUAAAAAAAAGAAAAAAUUAUUUUAAAAGAUACAUUAAAAUAAGAUAUAUAAAGAAAAAUCUCGAUUUUUACAAUUUAUCCUAAAAAAUUAAAAAUGCAAUUUCAUAGAGAUGAACCCAAACAUUUUAAUUAUUUAAUUCGUCUAGUUUGUUCUAGCAAUCUAAAACUCUCUUUUACAGGACUCGUCACCUGUUAAUCCUUUAUGGCAUUUUAUCAAACAUUAUUUCGUAAGAGUAAACGUAAAAUUUGACGUGGUCAUCUUCUAUCCACUCACCCAUAAUUUCUCAUUGGAUAUACUCUUUUCUACACAACGAGCAAAUUGUGAUUUUCUAAAAUAAAAAAAAAAAAAAAUUAAAGUCAUAGAGGGUUAAAAGAGGGUAGAAAGUACGAACCAUGUUACACGCGAGAGGCACAUCGAUGGAUUUAAUCAUUCUUAUUGCUCUCAUUAAUUAGUCUCGUUGCCCUUGUUCCGAUGAUUGCCGGUUAUUAGCACGAUAAUUACAACUCAUGAUUCGUACGUAUAUAUGGAUUCUAGACGAGAUAACAAGUGCCUAAGUAUCUAUAACUUCUUUCGGACCAGAGAAAGACUUUUAUCAACUUAGACAAAGUAAACGACUAUUAUUGCGAAUUAUUAUUGCGCGAGGAUAGAGAGCUGUGCUAGUCGAGUAUGUUGUACACUACUGACGCGAUAUGUUGUGACGAUACAGAUAUUAUUAUUCGUAUUUGUAAUUGUGUACAUAACACCGUUUUCGCGCGUAUAUUUCCGCCGAGAUGCGUGAGAAUGAAUGCCUGAUAAACUAGCGCUGCAAGAAAUUCGAGAUUAUAUAUACAUUAUAUAUAUAUAUAUAUAUAUAUAUAUAUAUAUAUAUAUAUAUGUAUAUAUGUAUAUGGUAAUCUAUACACAAAACAAGAGUAAGGAUAUAAGAGUGUGGAUGGGUAGACAAGACGUAUGUGGACCUUCCUUUAUGAAGGAACGCGGUGAGACUCUCGAUACAUGGUUUUUAUUAUGUCAAAGUACUAGGAUAUGUGACAGUAGAAAAUGCAAGAAUCUAGAUCGCGCAUUACCGAUUGUCGAAUCUCUCUCUCUCUCUCUCUCUCUCUUAACUCACGAUCACUCAAGUGCAUGCUCAAUGAUACAGAGAGCCUUAUAAAGAGAGAGAAAGAACUACUUUAUAGAUAUUCCCGAUCGACAGUCUAAUAAUUUUCCGCGGGGAACACGCGUCUUUCACGAAAGAUUUACGAUUUUUUUCUUUUCAAUUACCGGCAAGAAUUAAGCGAAAUUUUCGAAUCCAUCGGCACAUUCGAUUAUCGAUGCCUUAUUGUAUUGUAAAAAAUUAAUAACAAUAAUUGAAAUUUACUAAUCUUGUGAAAGAAAAAUCUAUAAUAUUGAAGACGAGAGAAAUCAAAAUCAAAAUUAUAAAUAACUUUAAAUUGAUUUCAACAUUAAAUUAAUUUGAACAUAAUUGAAUAUAUGCAUAAUUUAAUCGAAUGCAUAUAUUAAAUGUAAUAUUAUCAUUAUUUAAUAAUAUUUAUACAAUUAGAAAUGAGAUAAAAAUUAUGACAGAAUCCAAAAAGAUUAGAUUAGAUCCAGAAAAAUUAAUGGAAAGUAAAUCGUUCGGAAAUUGCGCAAGUCCCCAUUCACGCACAAAGAGCUCACUCGCAAAGAAUGCAGCCGAUAAAGAGCCGAGUAACGCAGCCGCAGCAACAAAAUACAAUCUCAGAUUUUUAAACCCGAUCGCAAUAUAUGUAGAAACCGCGUUAUCGAUGUGUGUCAUUCGAGUGAUUUUCAGAUACGCAAAACGUAUGUAUGUGUGAGACAUUGGGAAAUUACGCGGAGGUGUGCAUAGAUACUAAACUAUAACUACGUAAAUGUUAACUCAUAUAGUCGUUGACAAAUUUUUAAGCUCUCGUAAAUUUUAUAAGUACUUGUCAUCGGCGUGGUUCUGGAGAUUUGUCGCGUAAAGGAUUUCGAUUUUUCUCGUUUGUACACACAGUGUCACAGAUCGUAAAAAACAGAAGGAAAAAAAAAAAACGCAACAUGUGAAGAGAACAUGUCUAGAACCAAUUAGAAUCUCUAAUAAUUAAUCAAAGAGACGUCACGGAGAUUUCGAAUUUUCGCCGAUCGCGAGCGAACGUACGAUCGGUGCGAUUGAUAUAAAUCGAUUUACUAUUGACACUUACUAGUUUGGAAUACCUUUCAGAACCACGUUCUUCGCGAAAGCCUCUUGGCUUGUCUACGACCAAUUGCGAAAUUCCACUCUCUCUCUCUCUCUCUCUCGCGUAUCUUUUCUUCGCGAAUUCUCCUAUGCACAGUCCGAGUACCGCAUCGAUCUAUAUUCUCCCAAUCUUAAACGUUUCCCCGUUUCUUUUUAUCUGUCAAUCAUUUUGUACGAUGCGCGUCGCGUCUAAACACUAUAAGCCAAAAAGCUCUCGCUUGCACCAACGACUGAUUCGUUGCUCUUACGAACGGUCGAAGGUUUGUUUCUCUCAUCCCUCAUCUUUAUUCCCUCCCCGAUUGCGUUACGUAUUUCUUAUAUUUUGAUGCUCUAUAUAUUAAUUUCACUUAAGUGUCCUUCCCUUCUUUUAUUUAGUCUCCAUAUUUAAGUGAACGCGUUAUUUUACGAAAUAUAUAUAUAUAUAUAGUACAUGUACACAUAUAUACAUAUGUAUAUGCCAAAUUAGAAGUCAGACGAUACCGAAGCGCAGUAAAUGUAAAAAUCACAGAGAUUACGGGUCCGUAAACAUGACCAUUAGUAGCGGCAGAAUUUUUUACGCUCUGUAAAAUAUUAUAGAUCGCCGUCUGUUCUUCGUUCUCUCAGGAAAACGAAAGAAAUACAAAAACCAAAAAAAAAAAGUAAA